AUGUAUCCUCAAACUCCUUGUGGAUACACAGGGCCAAUGUCGUACGGCCAUGGUGUUUCUACUCCCGGUGAGGGAAUGGAUAACUUCUACGACAUGCAGUCUCAGUGGAGUGGUGUAGACACUUCCCCUUACGGUGGCGUCAACCACCCGUACACCUCUUCGGCAGCUUUCCAGUCCUCGGCCAUCUUGACCCCCAUCAGUCUCCCCGACAGUUCCUUUGCCCACGCUCGACCCAGCCCCGUGCUCAGUCACCAUUCGCAAGAAUACCAGUACGGCAUGUCCGAGCCCAUCCCUCACCACCACGGGUUAGGGAUCACAGCACCCUUCCCCAGCGAUUUCCCCCGGACCGUAACCGCCGGCUUCGGACAUCCCGUGGACGAUUCGGAGUACGGGUUCAGCGAGGGGGGGCUCUCCCCUCAACCACCUUCUGCCAAGCGGGCACGGCGUAGCCCCAAGUACAUGCCGCAGGGUCGGGAGACCCCGGUCACCAUACUCCCUCAUCCCGAGGGGCUCCAACGUCUGGAGCAGGAGCGGCGUCAAGGACACGUCGAACCUCAUCCCCAUCAGCGGCCUCGGGCUCCCGGCCGCGGCCGGAGAGAUCCGCAAGCCGAGGAAGAAGACGCCUUUGUUGAACGACUCCGGGAACAGAACCUGGCCUGGAAGGUCAUUCGGGAGAUGUUCCGGGAGAAGUUCAACAAGGAUGCGUCGGAAGCACGUCUACAGAUGCGGAUGCUGCGCCGACGCAAGGAGCGUUUGGCUCGAUGGGAUGAGAAUGAUAUUCAGCUGCUCAUAAAGGCUCGAGAGUACUGGGAGCAUGAGAAGUACGAGUUGAUUGCCGAGAAGAUGAGAGAAUUUGGCUCCAGAAAGUCGUACAGCGCCCAGCAAUGUGAAGCCCAAUUACGGUAUCUUGACACGCAAAAUCGAGAUCGCGGGAAUGUGCCCCUCCCACGAAUGACCGAUCCACAGCAUGCACGAAGGCGAGCGAUGCUGAAAGCUUCUCGAGGAACGGCAGCCAACGUUACGAAUCAAUAG